AUGGGAAUCUUGAGAUACAUGUGUUGUAACAAAGAUGAUUCUCUGGUUUCUAUAGCUGAAACAAAUGGAUGCAUCGAACUGGUAGGUAAAACCAUAACUUUAUUUCCAAGGAUUGAAGCUUCACGUCCUGGAUGUUCUCCUGGGAGACAAGCUCUUUGUUCUUUAAGAACUGCAAUUGAUAAUGCAAAGUCAUUACUUCAAUACUGUGCAGAGUCAAGUAAACUCUACUUGGCAUUAACGGGUGAUUCGAUACUACAAAGAUGUAAAAAAUCGAGAAAUGCACUGGAACAGUGUUUGUUCCAGAUUCAAAAUUUAGUUCCAGUAGUAUUAGCUGCUGAGAUAUCUGGCAUAAUAUCUGAUCUCAGUCGUAUUACUUUCAUCUUCGAUUCAUCUGAAGAAGAGGCUGGGAAAAUCAUCCGGACAUUUCUCCAACAAUCCACAUCCAAUGGAGAUUCAAUUGAAAUUGAAAAGUCUGCAAUUGAGACUAUACGUCUUGUUUCAAUUAGCUUGCGGAUUACAUCACAAAAGGAUAUGGAGACAGAGAGGAGAUCUAUAAAGAUGCUUCUUGAUAAAGUUUCUGCUCGUGAGCAGGGUAAGAAACAGAUCUUAGUCUAUCUUCUCAAUCUGCUAAGGAAUUACGGUCAAUUGAUAAUCACAGAGAAUGAUCAUGGAAGCUUGCGUUCUGAAGAAUUGUUUCCUUCUUUAAAUGAUUUAUAUCUUCCAGCUGACUCGAGCAGUAAGAUUAAAUCUCGAAGAACUCAAUCUUGUCCCAAUAAUCAUGAGAUGGAUGGAAAGCUGUUGUUAUUAGUCAAUUUAGAUGAACUGCCAUGGGAUUUUCAGUGUCAGGUGGUUGGAGAUCUCGCCAUGAAACAGGAUUUUAGAUCUUCUGAGAAUUACGUUUAUCAACUUCUCAGGUUUAUGAAGCGUGCAAAAGAAUUGUCUGAUUUAGGAGCCCUGAGGAAUGGAGCUCAGCUGUUCUUGUCAUUACUGAGAACAUGCAGGAGCAGUUCAUUUAACUUCCAUGAAGAUGCAUAUGAUCUUUUAGGUUCGCUUCUUAGCUCUGAUGUGAUUGGAGAAGGUUUGUCAAUAACAGAGGUGUUAUCUCGCCACGAAUGUCAUAUAUCGAAGAUUGUUUCACCAGGGGCGGUUACAUCCAUUGUUGGUUUGAUCCUUAAUAUACUCGAUGGAACAGAGACAACGAGUCAAUUUCAAGGUCAAGCUAUCAGAAUACUGUAUAAUUUGUCAUUGCAUGGGGAUGCUUGCUCUAGAAUUAUCCCAUCUGAAGUAGUCCCUAAAUUGGUUCCCUUCUUUGAAGAUGCCAGACUAGCAAGAUACUGCAUGGGAAUCUUGAGAUACAUGUGUAACAAAGAUGACUCUCUGGUUUCUAUAGCUGAAACAAAUGGAUGCAUCGGUUUUGUAGCAGAGGCACUCCAAUUUCAGGAUGAGGAGGUGCAGGAAAACGCGUCAUGGAUUCUCCUAACACUGUGUUCUAGUCGGUUUGAGUACAUACAGUUGGUCAUGAAUGAAGGGGUGAUUCCUGGGUUGGUUAGUAUUUCCAAUUAUGGGAAUGAGAAAGGGAUGGCGAUAGCUACAGAGUUGUUGCGUCUGUUAAGAGAUUCCGAGAACUCAGGCUGUAGUGUAAACGAAACUAAGGUGGAGGUGAAAUAUAAUCCCCUAAAAGAAAGUGGCAACAACUAUAAUAAUAAUAAUAAUAAUAUUAAAGAGAAUAAUAAAACAUCUCCAUCUAGUAGUGCAAUUUUGGGGAUAAGAAUAUCAAUGUUCUCAAAAAGGAAGAAGAAGAAGAAAUAGGCCUUUAAUUUGUUCAUCAUAUUAUUGAAUAUUUUGCUGAUAAAUAUUUGUGUCCUACUAUCCUGGUUUGAUUUAUUGGUUGCUUAUU